UCCUCCUCCUCCUCCUCCAUCAGAGUGAGAGAUGUGGUAGCAGUGCAACACUUCACCUUUGUGUUGACUGACUUGGAGGGAUGCCAACGCUUCGGCUUCUGUCGCCUCACCAGCAGCUCACACACCUGCCUCUGUAUGCUUAGCUACCUACCUUGGUUUGAAGUGUUUUACAAACUUCUGAACAACCUGGCUGACUAUCUGACCAAGGGACAGACCAAUGAGAUGCGAGAACUGCUGGCCGCCCUCUACACACAUCCCCUGCCAUUGGCUGUCGGCUCUGUCACUCUGCAGCUGGUCCCGUACUUCAUCGCUCCAGACCCCAGAGGGCUCCCUUCCAUCCCUGAGAGUAGGAACCUGACAGAGUUGGUGGUAGCAGUAGAUGUGUCUAACCUCCUCCAGCUCUAUGCCAGCAUGUUGUUUGAGAGACGUAUCCUCAUCCUCUCCAGCAAACUCAGCACAUUGACAGCGUGUGUUCAUGCCCUCAGUGCUGUGCUCUACCCCAUGUACUGGCAACACAUCUUCAUACCUGUCCUGCCCCCCCACCUACUGGACUACUGCUGUGCUCCGAUGCCCUUCCUCAUAGGAGUCCACUCCAGUCUGACAGAGAGAGUGAGAAGCCGGGGGUUAGAGGAGGUGGUGAUUCUGAAUGUAGACACCAACACUAUAGAGUCUCCCUUCGAUGACCUGAAGAAGAUACCAGCAGAUGUGGUAUCAGGUCUGAAGUUGUCUCUGAAACGUCAGGCAGCGUCAGCAGGUGUGGGCGUGGCCAAGGCCUUCCUCAGGGCUCAGGCUCUGCUGUUUGGAGGAUAUGGAGACGCUCUGAAGGGAAACACGAAUGGUCAGGUCAUGUUCUGUGAGGAAGUGUUCCUGGACCACAGGUCUCCCAGUAUGAGACAGUUCCUACAGAGUGCUGUCCAUCUGCAGCUCUUCAAACAGUUUAUUGAUGGACGUCUGGAGCUGCUGAACAGAGGGAUGGAGCCAGACGACCUGUUUGAACAAGAGAUGCUACAGUGUGGAACAGCAGAAGCAGGAAGCACCAAAGCCUAUCAUCAACUGGUGGGCAACCUGAAGAAAGGGGGAGGAGCUCUCAUCCUUAACGUCAAGUCUAAGACUCACAUGUACAAGUCGGCCAAACGUGGCUUGAGGAACUUUCUAUCACCCAAGGAGCACGUUGAGAUUCUCUCCCUUAAGAGAGGCAACUCCGUGUCUGGAACACACACACACCGCCGCAAACAAUCAGACUCCCUUCAGAGCCGUUUACCAAUCACACAACACUUUGGGAAGUCUCGUCCCCGUCGUCCAGUUAACAAACAAGGCUGUCUCCUUGACGAUGAGAACACACAAGAGAACAGAGACACCUGGGAAGAAGACUGGCAGGACAGUGCUGUCUCAGGCCCCGUGGCAGACCCAGAGCUCCAGGAGGAGGAGGGGGGAGACUCAGGCAUGUGUGACCCAGAAGAGAUGGACCUCCUGGGGGAGAUCUUUGACACGCUGAGUGCCCGGAGCUCCCAUGACCGCGGCCUGCUCUACGGGACACGAAGUCUAGACCUGUUUGGACCUGAUACUACUGACUACAUCAGACAGAGGGGCCUGGCCACUCCCAGUCAGGAGAGUCUAGGCGUGUCCAUCGGUGGGAGUGGCAGUCUGCACAGCUGGAACCAGGAGGAGGGGCUACAUUACAUGGGGGAGGGGCCAGAACAGACAGAUGACUCUGAUUGCCUAGGAGAGGAACAGGCGUUGUCAGAGGAAGUGGAGGAGAGGAAGAGGGAUGAAGACAUCACUAUGGAGCCAAAGAUUCAGUCUGAAUGUGUGGAUGAGAAUGGGAAGCGGAAAGAAGUGGAGGGAGAGAAAGAGAGAGAGAAGAUGCAGAAUGACAGAGGUAAAGAACAGCAACAAGAAGAGGAGAACCAGUGGAAGGGGCAGGAGAGAGGCCCCAAUACACCAGGAGAAUUACCCAGGAACAGAGGGCCAAGGCCGGGUACUGAGUCUAGGGCCGGGGCCGGGGCAGUGGAGGACAACCAGGAAGAAGGAGACAGACUCUUCCCCAAAACCACUGCUUUUCCUGGGCCUGAGAACGGCACAGCAACCCGUGCUUCUAAACAACCCCUGGGUCAGCUAGAAAGAGGAGAAAAGGGGGAGGAAAUAGAGGUGGGACCACCACCCCUUUCUCCCAGUGUUCCAUCUGCUGUAGCACUGUUCCAGUCACCGGCCUCCGUGCAAACCCUCCAUGGGAAGGCCCAGACCAGGGGCUCGCCUAAACCCAGUAAGCCCAGCAACACACCUCGGACCUGGGACACUAUACAGAAGAGCUGCCCUCAGGAACCCAACAACACCCAGGUCUCACCGAAUGACAGAGCUGGACCUGUCAUAGCCACAUCUGUCCUGACUACGCCUAUAAAUAACCAAUCAGAACCAGGGGGGAACACCACAGCGCAGGAAGACCCGCCCCCUGUCAAGGUGUCUGAGCUGAAGAAGAGAUUUGAGGCUUGA